AUGGAACGUGAUAACAAGCCUCUCUUUGUCGUCAUCACCUACACCGGAAACAGAGACCUGGCUGGCACCGAUGCUACUGUAAAACUCCAACUCUUCGAUGACCGCAAUAACUCAACGCCACCCAUUGACCUCAGCCACACAUUUGUCGACGAUUUUGAGCGUGGGAAAAUUGACACGUUUAAACUCCGCGGCCAGGACACGGCCCAGCUAUCGAGAACAUCGAAGAUCACAGAACUAGAGCUGCGUAUAGAAAACUGUGGGGUGCUCUCAGAUUGGUACGUUGAUAAGGUUGAGGUCCAGAAUCUUGAGACGAAUGAGACUUUCCUGUUUCCGGUGUUUCGCUGGAUCAGGAAAGGCGUUGUGUACAGGAUCCAGCACCUGGAUACAAGCCUGCCGCAGGGUCAGCCCAAACCUGUGGGGGAUGCCAGGAAGGCGGAGCUCAGGGUCACGAGGAGUCUGUACGAACUGGACCAGAAGCUCCCUGCCCAGUUCCCUGGUGGGCCGUGCCAGGUCAAGAAAGUCCCACAAGAAGAACAUUUUCAAUUGGAAGAAAUGCUAACCAUUGGAAAACAAGCGAUUAAGCUGAAAAAGACAGCAGACUACACUAAAGCGCUUAAACUUGACAUCAAGUGUUUGGAUGAUAUCAAGAAAAUUUACUCUGGAGAUUUCAACAUACCAGAGCGAGCCUCGUUCUGGAGAAGCGACGAAUAUUUCGCCAUGCAAAGAGUGGCGGGAUUAAAUCAUUCAAUAAUUGAACUGGUCACGUCCAUUCCUUCAAAGUUCCCAGUAACAGAUGACCUACUUCAACCAUUCCUGGAGGGUCUAACUUUAGCUCAAGCUCUGGAGAAGAAACGACUUUUUAUGUGUGACCUACAUCUUAUGGAUGGCUUACUGUUGAAAGAAAAUAGAAAACUGUGCGCGCCAAUUGCCCUCUUCUUCCUAAACACCAAGAACACACUCAGACCUGUGGCCAUUCAACUGAAUCAGAGACCUGGAAUUGACAAUCCGAUUUUCACACCAGGAUGCCCAACUUGGACAUGGACACUGGUCAAGAUGUGGUUCAACCACGCGGACGCGCUGUACCACCAGGCACUGACACAUCUGGGCUUCACCCACUUGUUGAUGGAAGGAUUCUCUCUGGCGACACAUCGUCAACUGUCUGUAUCACAUCCGGUCUUUAAGAUCUUAGCUCCACACUUCCUGUACUUGCAUGCCAUCAACAGCCUAGCACUGUCUGAGCUACUGGAUGAUGGUGGGUGGGUGGACAAGACAACAAGCUACGGCAACACGGGGAUGUACCAGCUCGUUGAAAGAGGCUUCCAGCAGUGGUCAGUUGAACAACACGGGCUGUUACAUAACGAUUUGAGACGUAGAGGGGUGGAUGACCCUGAGGUCCUACCUAACUACCCCUACAGGGACGACGCCACAUUGUUGUACGACGCCAUCAGUGAAUAUGUCAACAGCUACAUAGACCUUUAUUACAAGGAUAACGAGACACUCCAGGCUGACUAUGAAGUUCAACACUGGGUUAAGGAAUUGGCUGAAGAACGAAAUUUUUCUGAAGGAGGAAUCGGAAUACUUGGUCUUCCAGUAAAGGGCAGCUUGACCAGCCUUGACCAGCUGAAGGACAUCGUGGUGUGUAUCAUCUACACCUGCAGUGUUGGACACGCGGCCACCAACUUCAUACAGUAUGAUGAGUACGGGUUCCCUCCAAACUAUCCACUCACCCUCAACAAACAUAUGUUAAAGGACUUCGUGGCCACUGAGGCUGAUGUCGUCAAGGCUUUGCCGGACAUCGUCUCAAUCAUGGACUCGCUGACCAUCACGAAAAUUCUCAGCACUAAAAGCACCAAAAGCCUGGGAUAUUUUGAGGUCCAGUUCAUCUACGACCCAAAAGCCAUUGCUAUAGUCAACAGUUUUCGUAAGAGGCUGGAGGAAAUCUCUGAGAUAAUCGACAAGAGGAAUAUUGAGAGACACCCGUCGUACAACUACCUGGACCCUAAGUACAUCCCUAACGCAAUCAGUAUCUGA